AUGGACAUUUUCGACUUACUGGGCUCAUCGCCCUAUUUUGUCAAGCAGGCACUGAGCACAGGUGCUUCCGUAUCGCUCAUUGCGACCGCUCUAAUCCUCUCUUGCGCAGCUGUAUCCUCCACGUAUAAUGUUCUUGCACACCCACUACGGCCAAAGCUUUUCGCUGCGUCUCGCAUUCCGUAUAGCCUCAUGGUCCUGUCUGGCCAAUCCCACAAAAGGAUCCUGGCACUGCAUCUCAAGUACGGCAGGAUCGUACGGAUAGCCCCUGAUGAGUUGUCAUUUCUGGACGAAGCAGCCUGGGAGGACAUCAUGGGCCACAGAAAGCGAGGAGAAGGAGAGAACGGUAAGGAUCCGGAAUUCUUCAAGACUAUAUCGCACAGUGUUAUUGCGUCGGGCCGAGAAGACCACAGCAGAAUGAGACGCAUUCUCUCGCACGGAUUUUCCACUCGGUCCAUGCUCGACCAGCAGCCUCUCAUUACACAAUACGUCGAUCUCUUACUCUUGCGUCUCCAACAAAAUUGUCAAGACGGGACGGCCACUGUAGAUAUGACAGCAUGGUACAACUGGACGACCUUCGACAUCAUUGGCGACCUCGCCUUUGGAGAGCCUUUUGGUUGCCUAGAAACCACCAGUUAUCAUCCCUGGGUUCAGUUGAUCUUCGAGCGGAUCCGUGGCGCUUCUCGCAAUGUCAUGAUGAGGAAGCAUCGCUGGCUUUCUCCAUUGCUGCAAAGACUCUUCAUCACAGCCGAAGCGAAAGAAAGAUUCAUGGGUCAUUUGAAAAUCACCAAAGAGAAAGUCGCCCAACGUCUGGAAUACAAAGGUCAACGCCAUGAUUUCAUGGAGUCCAUGAUCCGCAAGGAUGGUAACUCUGUGCUCUCUAUGCCUGAAAUUGUUGACAACGCCAGUAUUCUGAUCAUCGCUGGUUCUGAAACCACGGCAACAGCACUUUCAGCCGCCACAUACUUCCUUGGGUCUAGCCCAGAUGCUCUACAUCGCAUCACUGAAGAGAUUCGAUCGUCCUUUAGCUCUGAGGAUGAAAUUAACCUUCUGAGCGUCCAGAGGCUCGAAUUCAUGCAGGCCGUCAUCAACGAGACUUUGCGCCUGUAUCCGCCUGUCCCUACCUCGAUUCCUCGCAUCAUCCAGCCGGGCGGAGAUUCUAUCUGCGGUCGGUAUGUCCCUGAGGGGACGACCGUUGGGAUCUGGCAAUGGGCACUUUACCACAACCCAAAUACUUUCACAGAUCCAGAAACAUUCCAACCUGAUCGAUGGCUCCAGGAUUCGAGUAUGCCUGAUGAGGCAAGAAAGACGUUUCAACCAUUUCACGUCGGUCCACGAAAUUGCAUUGGCAAGAAUCUCGCAUAUGCGGAAAUGCGUCUCAUACUUGCUAGGAUCCUAUGGUCAUUCGAUCUGAGAUUGGCCGAUGAUUGCGUACACUGGGUAGACAGGAGUGAGACAUAUUCACUCUGGAAAAAGCCUGCGUUGCCCGUCCAUUUAACUCCAAGGAAAAUGACCUCCCCGUCUGGUCGUUCUUGA